AUGUCUGAGUGGUCAUGAGGUUUAGUGGUUAGUUGGUGAUACAGUAUAAUAAUAAGACCUCAGCUUUGAUGUGGUGCAUACAGACCAAGUCUACACAACUCUUCUUUCAAAAGACAAAACCAUGUUUAUAUUUAAAACCAUCACCUGAAGACAUUAAUAGUAAAAGUAAAAUAACUGAGUAGAAUUCAGUUAGUAUAAUUUAAUUCACUGGUAAUUAUGUCGAUAUGAAGUUUUAAUUUAAUCUCUUGAAGGUUGUCUCAGUUCUCUUAUUCUGACUUGCAGCAGCUUCCUCACUGAGUUUUCAUGAUGACUGUCUGUUGUGUUUAUUUUUACUUUACCAGGAACUUCAGGAUUUUUGUCUUCAAAUGUAAAUAUUUUAUUUUUCUUGUGCAUGCAUGUAAAUAUGUUUGACCUUCAAUCAGGUAUUUAUUCGGUGCUCAGAUGACGUUAAAGCACACCCUCUCGGUAAUAUUGCUUAAUUAAAAAAAUUGUCACAUGGUGCACUGGAGAUCCAAGCAGGACGAACCGCAGAGAGAGAGAGAGUCUGCACUGAGCAGAGCAUUUCUACUGAGAUCCUCAUCAGCAGGCAGCACCAGGAAUAGAUAGGACAGAGGAGGAAUAUCUAUCUACUGCUAUGAGCUCAGUUCAUCAUAGGUAACCCAUGAAGGAAAACGGCUUUUUAAAAUCUGAACCAGAAUUUUUUGCAUUUUGGCCAUGCACAGAAGUAGACGCGCAAGAAGAAUUCAGUGGCCUCGGCUUUGGCACCUGUGAAUGCCACCGGAAAUUACACGGUUUGAGCUUGCUGUGUCUCGGUGGAGAGAGACGUCAGUUUGCGCUAUUCCCGUGAGGAGCAGACUCCGAGCGAAUGGAUGGAGCCACGUCUUUUUUGUGUGCCCUUUAUGGGCAACAUUUUCCUGAACCGUGAAAUCUCCGUGAGUUGUAAACUACUGCUGGUGCUGUCAGUUACACUGAUGAGCAGAAACACCGAAGCCCUCCAGGUGAUUGGUGGACGCGCAACAGUGGUGAAAGGAGGGACCGCUAUCUUACCCUGCAAACUCAUUGAGACCUCGGAAACCCUGACUCAGAUUACAUGGCAGAGGAGAACCAGAGAAAAACCUAAAAAUGACAACUUCUACACACUCCAAUCGGAUGGACCCCAAUAUGUUAAUGGACCUGAUAAUCGAUUUGAGUUUAUUGGGAGUUUUUCUGACAAAACUGGAUCUCUACAGUUGUCCAAUGUUCAAUUGAAGGAUGAAGGCAGCUACACCUGCAUCUUCACUUUGUUCCCCAGUGGAAAUCACAAGACAGAGAUACCUCUGAACCUGCUUGUGCCUCCAGUCACAAGCCUGAAGGGUAAUCAUUUAACUUUGGGUACUGGAGAAGUUUCUCUUGCUACCUGCACGGCUGCCGGCUCCAAGCCUCCUUCAGAGGUGACCUGGCUCACUGGUACCCUGGCAGUGAGGGUGAUGACCAACUCCAUCCAGCAUGACAACGGUACAACGACCACAACCAGCUCACUGUUUGGAGUCCCUACCACAGAAAUCAACAACCAGUUGGUUCAGUGUGUCAUCAGAACAACAGGCCUGCUUGAAGAACAAGUCCUGCCUUUGACCAUCCAAGUUCACUUCCCACCCAUAGACGUGAAGAUUGUUCAACGUUCUGAAAACUCAUAUGAAUGUGUGGCCAACGCCAACCCAGAGGCAUAUUUCACCUGGAGCAGGUCUGAUCAGUCUUUGCCUGAGUCUGAUAUUAAAGUUCAGGGUGCAACUCUGCAGUUUGUGAGGAAGACCUCUGAUCUGAAUGGGUUCUAUCAGUGUGAAGCUGUCAACCCGUAUGGAAGAAAAAGUGGAGGUCAGCUCCACGUGUACAUGGAUUUUGGCUCCUGCACUGCUGGCUGGACCUUAUUUAGUCUUCUGCUUUCCCUGAACAUUGUAGCCUCAGUGUGGUACUUGCGUGAUACUUUAAUACAAAUACUUAAUACUCUACUAAGCAGAGAAGCAGGGACACAUGCAGAAAAAAACACUGUUCCAACAUCUCCUCCAAGCAAUGACGGCGGAGAAGAGGAAUCACUGAUAGAAAGUUGCAGAAGCAACGAGACUGACAAGAGUUUGGCAGUUUAAAAUGAGAGAAUCAAAAUCAAAUGUUUGAGGAUCAUCUGAUCAGUGAAGAGUUGGACAGAGAACAUGGACAGGUGUUGUGUUGUGUAAGGGAAGAUGACAAACUAAAGAUAUGAGCCAAGUACAGGUGCUGGCCAGUAACUUAGAAUAUCAUCAAAAACUUGAUUUAUCUCAGUAAUUCCAUUCAAAAAGUGAAAUUUGUACAUUAUAUUCAUGCAAUGCACACA